CCCAGCCCCGUGACCGCCGCCUACUUAUAGCCCGGAAGGUGGCAGCGCUGUGUCCGUUCUGUCCGGCCCGCGGUAUCCACCCGCUGUCUGCUCCGCGCCGAUCGUCCCCAAGCUCGCUGCCGAGAUGCUGUGUGGAGGGCCCUCUGCCACGAGGCCGGCCACCGCCGAGACCCAGGAGAUCGCCGACCAGGUAAAGCCCCAGGUAGAAGAGAAAGAAAAGAAGAAGUUCCCCGUGUUUAAGGCUGUGGAGUUCAAGAGUCAGGUGGUCGCCGGGACAAACUACUUUAUCAAGGUUCACGUGGGUGACGAGAACUUCCUGCACCUGCGAGUAUUUCAGAGUCUCCCUCACGAACAGAGGCCUCCGGCCUUGGUGGACUACCAGACCGACAAGACGAGGCACGACGAGCUGGUGUACUUUUAAUUCCUGGUUUGGAGCAGGUCCCUUUGUCCACGUGACCCGAACAUGAAAACGAUUCUGUCGUAUGUGAGGGUGUACCGGGGACUAGAAAAGAAACAUCUCGCCUUUCUGCUGCUUGGGGUGGGAGGGGGCGUCUGCAGCUUCUCUGUGUCUCUGUCCCUAAUCGCUCAUUGAUCCAGUGAACAGUCAUUGCUAAUCAAUAACCGGAACCAAAUUCCUUUCAAAGAAGUCAAAUACUAUCUUUAAAUACAUCUUUUAUAGUCUUUGCCAA